CUAAAAAUAUCACAGUAGGCCUACUGAUCACACUCUGCAUAUCUCGAUCAUACCACCGUGUCAAGAAUUACCUGGAUUACAUUUAUACACUAUUUACACUUUUCGUGUGUGUUGAUAUACCCCAAAAUACGUACUAUUGCUGGGUCUGUUUAGUGUCAAGUGAAUUGUAACAAUCGGAAAAUGACACGGGAUCUGUUAAACAUGAGGACAGUUUCGGACCUUUUGUAAACCGAAUUCUAAUCGCAUCAAUUACGAUGGAAACCGACAAACUCCAUGGGAAGGACUCGGCCAAUGCCCCUUGCACUUGCUUCUUAAAACACGUGACCCUGAUCAGCAGAAUGUGGGGUCUUUUCACAUUGAUAAUGGUAUGGGCGUCAGCUGUUAUAGUGAUACAGGACAAAAAGGGAGCAACCUAUGUCGGAUGGUAUUUAGUCGCUGUUGGGAUCCUUCUAGUUUUUCUGGAGUUAAUUUGGAUUGUUGGAAAGUCGGCAUGCUGUGGAACGGCGGGUUGCUGCUGCCGAUGUUUUACGAUUCUCCUAUGGCUGGAUAACUGGAAGAAAGGCGUAUUGUACAUCGCGCUGUCUAUCCCCGUCUUUUUGGAAAGCAUGAGGAUUAUUCUGGGAGUUAUUAGUGGAUUUUUUCUGAUUACCCUGGGUCUACUGUACAUUGUGAAGACGUUCCAAUACGGGCAGAUUCACACCCGGGAAGAGAGACGGUAUGUGGAGACGUCCACCCCAGUGGUUCAAACUGUGGCCCAUGAGAUCUCCACACAGACAACUGACGAGACUUACUAUCAAGAGAUUUCAAAAACUGAGAAAACUGAAAAAAAUCCUUUUGAAUCAGUGGACAAAUGAAGUACUGACACAAAACAACAGCUGAAAAUCCCAUACAAUUCAUCAUUAUAAUAGGUUAGCACAGAUGUCACAGAUGCCAUCAACUGGAUGAGGUCAGAACAGUUCUAUAUUAAUUAACCUUUUGAGCUAGUGGGUUUGGCAAUAUAUAAUCUUCAGAGUUGUGAGGUCAGUUUCCCCUGUCCCCACAAAUUCUGAUUCAAAACCAAAUAUGUAAAUGCAUGUACAUGUAAUAUAAUAUUAUAUGUUACAAGCGGUCUUUAACUGUCAUUCAAUAAUAGUGUCUUGCUUUGUUUUAGAUCUUUUUGUUUAAUUUCAUACUUGAUGUAUAUCAAUCACUAUACAUGUAUAAAAUAUACUUUUGUACUCAAGAAAUGCUUGAACAAGCAAGAGAAAAAAGUUGAUUUGUUUAUAAUAAUCAUUUUGUUAUUUUUUGCUAUUAAUUCUUUUGUUGGUUUUUGUAUACAAUAAUAAUUUUGCUGUUAUUUGUUUAUAAUAAAUAAUAAUUUAGUUGAUUUUUUUUUACAAUAAUUUUGUUACAUUUUGAAAUAAAUUGAUUAAUUUGUUAUAUGCUGGGGGUUUAUUAGGUCACUUUCAACCUUUGCGAGGGUGCUGUACACUCCAAGGAAACUCUAUCUGGAUCUAUCACAAUCUAUUAAAAUUAGCUCUACUGGUCUCACCAUGUAAUAGUGGAGCUAAUUUUAAUUAGACUGGAUCUAUCACUGCCCCUUUACCCUUGUAUAGUAGGUAAUCGAUGAAUAGCCCAAUGUCUAAUCACCGUCUCCUAAACUAUUAUUUGUAUUCGACAGAGAAAAGGUAAUUUUAAUGGUUAUUGUCUGAGACACCACAUUUUGGUGAAAAUGCAACUAUUUUUGUGUUGAAUGAGUUCAAUACAAGUGCAAAACACAAAAUAAAAUGCUAAUAAUUAAUGUCAUGACACUGGAACAUGUCAUAUGUAUGUACAGUUCUAUAGCCUUAAUUUAAUGGUAACUGGACAGUAGACGAUCUAUAUUUCUGUUUGUAAAACUCUAUUUUAUAUAGAUGCAGUUUAGCAACUAGUCAUUCAGUUGAUUGGCCUAUUAAAAUAGUCAAAGUACAAGCUAUAAGUUAAAUAGUACAACUUUCAAAAGAAAAUUCUGAAGAACUUCAAUAAUUUUUAUAAAAUUCUUUAAUCUUUUUAAAGGGACAUACCCUAGUUUUUAAACACUAAGACUUAUUUUUUACUAUUAGAGUUGUUUUUGAGAACUGAAAUCAUACUUUACUUACAUUUUAU